GCGCCGAGAUCAUCACUUGCCAGGAACUGCCAGGACGCUGGGCAGACCCCGCGGAGCAUCUUAAUGUAAAAGCUUAAGUGGGCGUCCUGCGCAUCAAGUCCGCAUCUUCGCGAAUCGGUCCUUCGUCAAGGCACUGAGCUUCUAAGCAAUGUCUUCUCUUGCCGUACAGGGUGCGAUUCCGGGCACAAUCCAGCUUGUUGAUGUCGACCAUACAGUGGAGGCACGCCACGCGGGUAACGGAGACAUUGUCCUGCAGCCGACGCCUUCUGCACACGCUGAUGAUCCGCUCAACUGGACUCCGCGUCGCAAGUUGCUUGCGUUGAUAUGUCCUAAUUUAUACGUAUGGAUGUGCGGCAUUGCACAAUCAAGCAUCUACUCCGUAAUCGUCCCGCUUUCUGAAGCCAAUGGUAUAUCAGUGUCAACCCUGAACGAAGGUACUGGGUUCAUGUUCCUGCUUAUUGGCUGGAGCCAACUCUUCUGGCAACCCUUUGCUCUCACCUACGGGAAGCGGCUGGCCUACCUCAUUUCCAUUCUCGGAGUCACGGGCAUUACCCUCUGGAGCCCAUAUGUAAAGACUAACGGCGAAUGGAUCGCACGCAGUAUCCUGCUUGGCUUCUUUGGCGGCCCGUACGAUGCGCUGCCUGAAGUUUCCAUUGCUGAUAUCUACUUUACGCAUCAGAGAGGCUCUGCACUCAGUAUCUACGCCUUUUGUGCUCUGGCUAGUAACUACUUCGCUCCAAUCAUCUCUGGAUUUAUAUCCGAAAGACAGGGCUGGGAAUGGGUGUUCUACUGGCCCGCUGUAUUCACCGGAGCCACCUUCAUCUUCCUGUUCUUUUUCCUAGAAGAGACAAACUACGAUCGCGUCAUCACCGGCACCGUCAUCGUACCAGAUGCACAGCAUCUCCAGCUGCCCAAGGACGACGACGACGACAACAAUCCGAAGACCUCACUAUCUGCGGUCCAAACCACCGCAAGCUACGAGCUCCAAAUCCCAACCCAGACCAAGACCUUCGCCCAGAAACUCUCCCUGUGGAACCCCUCCCAGAACGGCACCAUGCUCAGCCAUCUCCGCAGCAUCACUCUCUACCUCACCUGGCCCGUAGUCCUCUACACCGGCUUCUCAGCCGGCUCCUACCUGAUCUGGUUCAACAUCCUCAACGCCACCGCCUCGCUCGUGCUAAGCGACACGCCCUACUUCUGGAACGCCGAGGCCGUGGGCCUGAGCUACAUUGCGCCCAUGAUCGGGUGCGGCAUCGGGAUGCUGGUCGCGGGGCGCUUCAGCGACUAUCUGACGGUCAAGCUGGCGCGGCGCAACGGCGGCGUGUCCGAGGCUGAGUUCCGCUUGUAUCCGUUCAUCAUCUGCACGGUGAUGGUGCCCGCGGCGGCGAUUCUGUGGGGCGUGGGGGCUGCGCAGCAGAUCCAUUGGUUUGGGCUGCUGGUUGCGAUGGGCAGUCUGGCGUUCACGACGUGUUUGGGGUUCACGUUGAGUAUCAACUAUUUGAUUGAUAGUUACCCGGCAGUUUGUGGAGAUGCGAUGGCGGCGACGAUUAUCAUCAGGGAUACUAUGAUGUUUGCUGUCAGUUAUGCAAUCACGCCUUGGAUCACGAACCUGGGGUAUCAGAACUGCUUCAUAUCGGCAGCAUUCAUUGGUUUGGCGUGUGUAUCAACGUUCUUGAUUAUGUGCAAGUACGGCAAGACAUUGCGCAAGAGAAGCAGCGAUAAGUAUUGGCGCAUCGUUGGCACCGGUGGCGGGCAUUAACAUCACAAGUUUCAAGCCCACGUAUGACCAAU